GGAAAUUACUUCAUGUGGUCUCGCGUUUUUGAUCACGAACCGGAACAAACAAACGAAGCAAAUGUCAAGCCGUGUUGUGAUUAAGCAGCGCCAGUCAUAUGCAGACAUUCAGCAUUGGUGUUCGUUUCAUUUAAAACAGGAUCUAUGAAGGGGAAUAAGAGUACAGAGUAGUAGCACAUGCGAGAACAAUUGUAUGUAUUUGUAACAUUUGUCUAAAGAAAAGGGAAUACCGCCAAAGCAAGCAACAAUAUUGUAACCGGAUUCGUAGGACAUUGUGUACAACAGUGUAAGAUAUUUAAGUAUUCGUUAUAUGUUUGUUUUUACCGAUAUUUUAUGUUUUUUUUUAAAUAACGAUGAACGGGCCCUCUUAUGCAGUCUCUAGUCCAAGGAAGAGUGGUGCGACAAGGCUGUUGUGGUCACUGUUUGGUGCCUGCCUUGUUGCUGCAGUCAUCGGGUACAAACCAGUGGUCAUAGUUCAUGGGUUGUUCGACAGCUCUGGGGCUUUUGUGGAGUUGCUUCGAUUCAUCAAUCAGUCUCACCCAGGAACCAAUGUGUCAGUCUUCGACCUGUUUGACCGCAGCUCCAGCCUACAGCCGCUAUGGAAACAAGUGGAGGGCUUCAAGGCUGCCAUCUAUCCCAUCAUGCAAAACGCUGCAAAUGGGGUCCACUUCAUCUGCUACUCUCAAGGUGGACUGAUUUGCAGAGGGAUCCUAUCUACUCUUCCUGAUCACAAUGUCCACUCCUUCAUCUCUCUGUCCUCGCCUCAGGCUGGGCAGUAUGGAGACACAAACUACCUGAAGUACCUCUUCCCCCAGUUCAUGAAGUUCAACCUGUUCCAUUUCUGCUACACCUCAGUGGGCCAAAGGAUAUCUAUCUGCAACUUCUGGAAAGACCCCCAUCACAUGGACAUGUAUGUGAACAGCAGUGAUUAUCUGGCUUUAUUGAACAGCGAGAGGACAAAUCCCAAUUCAACAGUGUGGAAGAAGAACUUCCUACGUAUCAAGAAGCUGGUCUUAAUCGGGGGGCCAGACGAUGGAGUCAUCACACCCUGGCAGUCCAGUCAGUUUGGAUUUUACGAUGACAACGAGACUGUCGUUGAGAUAAAGGACCAGGAUUUAUAUUUGAGAGAUGUGUUUGGUCUGAAGACCCUAAAUGCUCGUGGGGAUCUGUUCCUGUGCUCCAUGGCUGGAGUAGAGCACAUCAAUUGGCACUCCAAUUACACCGUGUUCAACACCUGCAUUGAAAAGUGGCUUGUCUAGAGCUGACUACUCCACCGAACAGCAUGGGAAGAACAGUCCCAUUUUCAUACAAUCGUUAGUGAAACACACACUCCUACUCAUGCACAAAGUUUUACUUCUGCAGUGUGGUACUCAUAUUUCCACUGUGUGUGAAACUUUCAUUGUGAACUACAUCUUAUGUUCUUACAUUUCUGUGAGAAUGAAUCAAAACAUUACCCUCGUGUGUGUGUGUGUGUGUGUGUGUUUUACCCACACAUACUUUGAGGUAUCACACAACAGUGCCUGACUGAGUGACAUCCGGUACAUUUGCAGACCCACUGCUCAGUUCAUCUCAUUGCUUAAGUGACUUUUACCAUUGGUUUUUAGCUGGUAACAAAUGUCUUUCUGACCUGUAAAGUAAACCGUUGGUCAUUGCUAAGCCACCCGGCAGACCGCUGCAGUAGAAAUCAUGCCAUUAGUUUUGUGUUACCCAUGUGUCUGCGUUCCAUUGUGUGUUUACAAACUGAAGUGCUAUGGCACACUGCCUCUAGUGAUUGUGCUAAAAGGGGGGAGAGGAUAGAAAAAAGGGAAGAGCUACUGGAGACAAAAAAACAAAACAAAAAAAGAAUAUGAGAACGGAAGGAGGGUUUAGGAAUGGAUGGAAGGGGAGUAGAGUGCCAGUGCCAUGAGGUAAGUUACCUGUCCACUUGAGCAUAAUGUACGUGACUUACCUGUACCUCUCGUUGCAAUUUGGUAUCUCAGGCUUUUGAUCAAACCUGUGUCUGUUUUUGUCAAAGGAAUGAUUUAUUUUUAACUUGACUGUUUUGUUAUAGGUGUUUUUAUUGUAUGACAGGGGAUUGCCUGUGAGACGAUAGUAAUUUCACUAAGUUACAAUGUGAAUUAAGGUGGCAAGCAUUGCACAAAGAUUGAAAAUGUUAUCUGCUUAAAUGUCAUUUGAUGUGAACUUAAAAUGAGACUCAGAUUGUUAUAUUUUCAUUGUUGACAUUGCAGUAUUAAGUGUAUUUUAAUAUUGUCACAUACUUCCUGGUUUAUGUUCUGCUUCUAAGGGAAGUUCUGCUUCUAAGGGAAGUUUUAAAAUUGACAUUGCAUAAAUCAAUAGAUUACUGAAAGGGAU